AUGAGUCAAGUCAACAUGGACGAGCUGGUUGCCUCUCUCAAGCACAGUCAUAUUGGAAACGAGGCGCGGGAACUCUCUGCGCUGCAUGCGCAGCUGUCCAAGGCUCUCUUGCAGUUCCCACACUUUCCGCAGACGCCUAUCCCAUCAUCGCCGGUCAGCUCACAUGCGCCCCUAGCCGGGUUCGCACCUCCUACUACUCCCACACACGGCCGCACCCAAUACUUUGACCCAAUGUCACAAGCUGGCCAUUACCAAUACGCGCCCCCGGCCUCUCCUGAGAUGCAGUCCCACUCUCUGGCCCCGUCUCCGCCGAGCGACGCAUACCCCUCAGCAGACCCCUUUUAUGCGCAACAGGCACAAUUAAAUUCAUGGCCCCGGGCUAUGACCGCACAGCGAAGAUAG